UGGCCGCUACCACCCCACACCACCCCCACCCUUUCUGUAAUAUACUCUCUCACACUACUCUCUCUCUCUCUCUCUCUCAUAUCGUCACUCACCUGCUACGAUCCAUCAAAUGCGUUGAGCAAAAGACCAGAUCUGUUCCCCUAUAUCUCCCCACACUGGUAGGUAUUGAGAUUUUUACAUGUGAUUGGGAUUAGGGUUGGGGUAGAUCUGCUUUGAAGUAAGAGAGUUUGAUUGUUACAAUAAAGAUGGCGGCGACUGUAGGUCGGGCGUAUUCCUCCAGCAGCAAUGGCAGUAGUCUUGCCGCUAAUGAUCAGGAUAGAAUUGGGGAUACUAGACCUCAUGACCCAGAGCCUGCAACUCCGCUAUCCCUUAUAAAGAUGGGUUCAAGAGGGGUCAGUAACAUGGAGGAUCCGGAUGGAACAUUAGCAAGUAUUGCGCAGUGCAUCGAGCAGCUGCGACAAAGUUCAUUAUCUGCACAAGACAAAGAGUAUAACUUGAAGCAGUUACUAGAGCUGAUAGAUACACGUGGAAAUGCAUUUAGUGCUGUUGGUUCUCAUUCUCAAGCAGUUCCAGUAUUGGUAUCUCUUUUAAGAUCAGGGUCACUUGGAGUGAAGAUGCAAGCCGCAACCGUUUUAGGCUCGUUGUGCAAGGAGAACGAACUACGCGUUAAAGUAUUGCUCGGGGGCUGCAUUCCCCCGCUUCUUAGUCUUCUCAAGUCGACUUCAGUAGAAGCGAGAAUCGCAUCCGCAAAGACCAUUUACGCUGUUUCUCAAGGCGGAGCGAAAGAUCACGUUGGGUCCAAAAUCUUUUCCACCGAAGGGGUUGUGCCGGUUUUGUGGAAGCAGUUAGAAAAGGGGCUCAAGGGUGGACAUUUAGUUGACGAUUUGUUGACCGGAGCUUUACGAAACCUUUGCAGCAGCACCGAGGGGUUUUGGUCUGCGACGAUUCAAGCCGGAGGAGAGGAUAUACUCGUAAAGCUACUUACAGCCGACGAAUCCAGCACUCAAGCGAACGUUUGUUUCCUUCUGGCAUCUAUGAUGAUGGAGGAUGCAUCUGUUUGUAAUAGGAUAAUAGACGCUGAAGCUACGAAACUACUUCUUAAACUAUUGGGGCCCGGUAAUGAAGCUCCGGUAAGAGCACAAGCAGCCGCAGCUUUGAAGUCACUUUCAGCUCAGUGCAAAGAAGCAAGAAAGGAGAUUACGAGUUCGAAUGGUAUUCCUUCGCUUAUCAAUGCUACAAUAGCUCCUUCGAAGGAGUUUAUGCAAGGUGAGCACGCACAAGCUUUACAGGAAAAUGCAAUGUGUGCUCUUGCUAAUAUUUCCGGAGGUUUGUCUUAUGUAAUCUCGAGCCUUGGUCAAAGCCUUGAGUCUUGCACGUCGCCUGCACAGAUAGCUGAUACGUUAGGGGCUUUGGCUUCUGCUCUUAUGAUAUAUGACGUCAAAGCAGAAACUAAUAAAGCAUCGGAUCCUACGGAUGUUGAGUUGACGUUAAUCAAGCAGUUUAAGCCGAAUUUACCGUUUUUGGUUCAGGAACGCACAAUAGAAGCUCUUGCGAGUUUGUAUGGAAACGCUACACUCUCAAGUAGACUUGCUAAUGCUGACUCGAAACGUUUGUUGGUUGGGUUAAUCACAAUGUCAACCAAUGAAGUUCAGGAUGAGUUGAUAAGAUCUCUACUUAUACUCUGCAAAAACGAAGGUAGUUUGUGGUAUGCUCUUCAGGGUCGAGAGGGCAUUCAGAUGUUGAUUUCUCUUCUUGGACUUUCAUCAGAGCAGCAACAGGAGUGUGCUGUUGCGUUGCUUUGCCUUUUGUCGAAUGAGAACGAUGACAGCAAGUGGGCCAUCACUGCUGCGGGUGGCAUACCGCCACUCGUUCAAAUUCUUGAAACCGGCUCUGCAAAAGCUAAAGAAGAUUCCGCAACAAUUCUUGGUAAUCUUUGUAAUCACAGUGAAGAUAUACGAGAAUGUGUUGAGAGUGCUGAUGCUGUUCCUGCUUUGUUGUGGCUGUUAAAAAACGGAAGCUCAAACGGGAAGGAGAUUGCUUCAAAGACGUUAAACCACUUGAUUCACAAAUCAGAUACAACGACUAUAAGUCAACUUAACGCAUUGCUCACCAGUGAACUUCCGGAAUCUAAGGUUUAUGUUUUAGAUGCUUUGAAAAGUCUGCUUUCCGCAGUCCCACUUACUGAUUUAUUACGUGAAGGUAGUGCUUCAAAUGACGCAAUCGAGACGAUUAUCAAGAUUCUAAGCUCUACAAAAGAAGAGACUCGUGCCAAGUCAGCGUCGGCUCUUGCUGGCAUCUUUAAUGCUCGAAAGGACUUGCGUGAAAGCAGCAUUGCCGUUAAGACGCUUUGCGCUGUGAUGAAGCUCUUAAAUUCUGAAUCUGAGUACAUAUUGACCGAAACUUCCGGAUGCCUUGCUGCAAUAUUUGUAUCUAUAAGAGAAAACCGUGACAUGGCGGCUGUUGCUCGAGACACACUAACUCCAUUGCUAACACUUGCCAGCUCAUCAGUUGUCCAAGUUGCAGAACAGGCUCUAUGUGCGCUAGCAAAUCUUUUGUUGGACAACGAGGUUUCAGAGAAUGUUGUUCCGGAAGAUUUCAUUAUGCCUGCUACUAGAAUUUUACAUGAAGGUAAUGCAACGGGUAGGACCCACGCAGCAGCAGCAAUUGCUCGACUUCUCGACUCACGUCAAACAGAUUCCGCCUUAACUGACUAUGUGAAUCGCAGUGGAACAGUUCUUGCACUUGUAUCAUUCAUCAAAUCCACUGAACGUGGAUCUGCUUCGAUGUCAGAGGCACUAAACGCACUCGCGAUUUUGUCAAGACUGAAAGGUUCAUCUGGGCACAUCAAACCCGCAUGGACUGUGCUCGCUGAAUAUCCAGAUAGCAUAAGCCCGAUUGUUUCAUGCAUUGCUGGCGCGACUCCUCUGUUUCAAGAUAAGGCGAUAGAAAUUUUAUCAAGGCUUUGUCAUGCACAAUAUGUAGUUCUAGGAAAUGCGAUCACAAACAGUUCUGGUUGCAUUUCAUCUAUUGCAAAUAGGGUGAUCCAUUCCUCGAAUGCAACUUUGAAAAUAGGUGGAACUGCACUUCUAGUUUGUGCUACCAAAGUCAAUAUUCAAAGUGUCAUGGAGAAUCUCCAUGAAGUACAACUGCAUACGCGUUUAAUUCAGUCACUUGUUUCAAUGCUAACUUUGCCGAAAGGUUCUCAUUUGGGAGAUAUGGAGGAUAAAAGUUCUGUUAGUAUCCACAGAGGUUCAGAAGAAGCAAUUACCAGUACAUCAGUUAUAUAUGGAAGUAAUAUUGCUAUAUGGCUACUAUCUGCUUUUGCUAGUAAUGAUGACAAAAGUAAAGUUGAAAUCGUGGAGGCUGGAGCUGUGGAAAUCCUCACAGAGAGGAUAUCUCAGUGUUUGUCGCAAUAUGGUCAGUUUGACGGUAACGAGGAUAGUAGCAUCUGGAUAUGUGCACUACUGCUCGCAAUUUUGUUUCAAGACAGGGAUAUAAUACGUGCAAACGCGACAAUCAAAGCCAUACCGACCCUUGCUAGUUUGUUGAGGUCAGAGGAGUCAGCCAAUAGGUAUUUUGCUGCACAAGCUACCGCAAGCCUAGUCUGCAACGGAAGCAGGGGAACCCUAUUGUCCGUUGCCAACUCAGGUGCUGCAGUCGGUCUUAUUUCACUGCUCGGAUGUGCCGAUGCUGAUAUACAUGAUCUUCUCGAGUUGUCAGAAGAGUUUUCUUUGGUUCCUUACCCAGAGCAGGUUGCUCUUGAACGGUUGUUUAGAGUUGAUGAUAUCAGAGUCGGUGCUACUUCUAGGAAGGCAAUACCGGUUCUUGUCGAUCUACUCAAACCGAUUCCCGAUCGUCCCGGGGCACCUUUUCUGGCACUCGGGCUGCUAAUUCAGCUCGGAAACGACUGCCCUUCGAAUAAGAUUGUUAUGGUUGAGUCCGGGGUUUUAGAAGCCUUAACGAAGUAUCUUUCACUCGGCCCGCAAGAAGCCACUGAAGCAGCAGCUACUGAUUUACUCGGUAUUUUAUUUAGCACUGCUGAAAUACGGAGACAUGAGUCUGCAUUCGGUGCUGUGAGCCAGCUAAUCGCUGUGUUGAGAAUGGGUGGACGGGGUGCGAGGUAUAGUGCUGCUAAAGCGCUAGAGAAUGUAUUUUGCGCUGAUCACAUUAGAAACGCGGAUUCCGCCAGGCAAGCGGUCCAACCCUUGGUGGAAGUUCUAAAUACCGGGUUUGAGAAAGAGCGGCAUGCGGCUAUCGCUGCGUUAGUUAGACUAUUGAGUGAUAAUCCGUCAGGAGCUCUUGCUGUUGCAGAUGUUGAAAUGAACGCGGUCGAUGUUCUUUGUAGGAUUCUUUCGUCCGAUUGUUCAAUGGACUUGAAAGGUGAUGCCGCGGAGUUGUGUUGUGUGCUUUUCGGAAAUACACGAAUCAGAUCCACAAUUGCCGCUGCUCGCUGCGUGGAACCUUUGAUCUCCCUGCUUGUAUCUGAGCUAAGUCCUGCACAUCAUUCGGUUGUACGCGCACUCGAUAGACUCGUAGAUGAUGAAAAUUUGGCUGAACUAGUUGCUGCACAUGGUGCGAUAAUUCCUCUUGUCGGCCUACUUUAUGGAAGAAAUUAUAUGCUUCACGAAGCAAGUUCAAGAGCUCUUGUUAAGUUGGGUAAAGACAGACCUUCAUGUAAGAUGGAAAUGGUGAAAGCUGGAGUGAUUGAGAGUGUACUCGAUAUCCUCCAUGAAUCACCACCGGAUUUUCUCUGUGCUGCUUUUGCGGAAUUGCUCCGAAUAUUAACCAACAAUGCUACUAUAGCAAAAGGUCCAUCUGCAGCAAAAGUAGUCGAACCUCUCUUCUUGUUGCUAACUAAGGCAGAGUUCGGACCCGACGGGCAGCAUAGCGCAUUACAGGUUCUCGUGAAUAUCUUGGAGCAUCCGCAGUGUCGUGCUGACUAUUCUUUGACUUCUCACCAAGCCAUUGAACCGCUCAUCCCGUUACUUGAUUCUCCCGCUCCAGCGGUCCAGCAGUUAUCAGCGGAGCUUUUGUCUCAUCUGCUUCUGGAAGAACAUUACCAGAAGGAUCCUGUUUCACAGCAAGUAAUUGGCCCGUUAAUGCGCGUUCUUGGCUCUGGUAUUCCCAUUUUGCAGCAAAGAGCUGUAAAGGCUCUUGUCAGCAUCGCAGUGACAUGGCCUAACGAAAUCGCAAAAGAGGGUGGUGUUGCUGAGCUGUCAAAAGUCAUAUUACUGUCUGAUCCUUCUCUUCCUCACACGUUGUGGGAGUCUGCUGCUGCUGUUCUAUCUAGUAUUCUACAGUUCAGUUCUGAGUUUUUUUUGGAAGUGCCGAUUGCAGUGUUGGUACGGUUACUUCGUUCAGGCUCUGAAGCGACUGUGAUCGGUGCGUUAAACGCUCUUCUAGUACUUGAAAGUGAUGAUUCCAGCAGUUCUAUAGCCAUGGCCGAAAGUGGUGCGAUCGAGGCUCUUUUGGAACUGCUUAGGGGUCAUCAAUGUGAGGAUACUGCUGCAAGGCUGUUGGAAGUUCUAUUAAACAACGUUAAAAUCAGAGAAACCAAAGCAACUAAAUUAGCUAUCUUACCAUUAUCGCAGUACCUUUUGGACCCACAAACUCAAGCUCAACAAGCUAGAUUGUUGGCUACUCUUGCUCUUGGAGAUUUGUUUCAAAACGAGACACUGGCACGAUCUUCUGAUGCUGUUUCGGCUUGUCGUGCUUUGGUGAAUGUGCUCGAGGAUCAACCUUCUGAAGAAAUGAAAGUUGUAGCAAUUUGUGCUCUGCAGAAUCUUGUGAUGUAUAGUCGCUCAAAUAAAAGAGCGGUGGCAGAAGCUGGUGGGGUCCAAGUUGUACUUGACCUGAUUGGUUCAAGUGAUACCGAUACAUCAGUCCAGUCUGCAAUGUUUAUUAAGCUCCUUUUCUCUAACAAUACUAUCCAAGAGUAUGCCUCCAGCGAGACUGUCAGAGCUAUAACUGCUGCUAUCGAAAAGGAUUUGUGGGCAACAGGAACAGUGAACGAGGAGUAUUUGAAAGCCCUAAAUGCACUUUUCGGAAACUUCCCACGGUUGAGAGCCACAGAACCCGCAACCUUGAGCAUUCCACACUUGUUGACGUCCCUCAAGACCGGAUCAGAAGCAACUCAAGAAGCUGCAUUGGACGCACUGUUUCUUCUAAGGCAAGCUUGGUCCGCAUGCCCAGCUGAUGUUUCUAGAUCCCAAUCAAAUGCUGCUGCAGAUGCAAUACCCUUGUUGCAGUACUUGAUCCAGUCGGGCCCACCUCGAUUUCAAGAAAAGGCUGAACUUUUGUUGCAGUGUUUACCCGGGACAUUAACUGUGAUAAUUAAACGCGGAAACAAUAUGAAACAGUCGGUGGGAAAUCCGAGUGCUUACUGCAAGCUCACACUCGGCAACACUCCAUCAAGGCAAACCAAGGUUGUCUCAACAGGUCCUAAUCCCGAGUGGGAUGAGAGCUUUGUUUGGUCCUUCGAAAGUCCUCCAAAAGGCCAGAAAUUACAUAUCUCGUGCAAAAAUAAAAGCAAGAUGGGGAAGAGUUCAUUUGGCAAAGUAACGAUACAGAUUGACCGAGUCGUGAUGUUGGGGGCAGUGGCGGGCGAGUACACUUUGCUGCCCGAGAGCAAAAGUGGCGCCUCAAGGAAUCUGGAAAUAGAAUUUCAAUGGUCAAACAAGUAACAUUCCAUCAAAGCCGGUUUGUAUAUAAUUCUUUUUGAAACAUUUGUGAUUGCUCUGUUUUGUAGAUUUCAACGUAUAGUUUCGGUUACUUGUAACUGUGUUGUAACCUAGUUCGUUAUUUUCCGGUCAUCGUAACUGGACCGGCAUGUUUCGUCUUCAGUUUAUUGUGGUCAUUGCUUGUGAGAUGCGUGAUGAAGCGUCUCUCAGUAAGUUUUUUUCUCUCUUUUUGCCAAUUGCUUACCAUAGUAACGAGAACGUUGUCGAAUGAAUCAUGUAUAAUAUUGUGGUUGUUUAUCAUUGCUUCACAAUUUGUUUUC